AUGGACAAUGGGGGUCGCUCUGCCAGGAAUGAGCUUUUCCAACUUCUCAAGCCUCGUUGCGUCGAGCUUACCCAGCUUGCUCUUCGCGAUGAUGGAAGCCCAAACAGCACGAAGUCCCUGGUGACGACAACAAGCCAGGUUCUUGUUAUACUCGAGAAGCACUGCAAGCGCCCUGAUGGAGCGUUUGACGAGAAAUUGGCAGAAUAUGUCUUCUUUCCUCUGUCGCAGAUGCUUAAAAAGAAGAAGAAAUACACAGACCACCUCGCCGAGCUCAUCGUCAAAUGUAUCCGGGUGUUGCUUGACUCUGGAUGGUCUCGGAAGAUUCCUCUUGGUCUUGCGAGUCAGCUCCUGAUUCUGCUGGCAUUUAUUGUGGGAGGACCGCCAGAUGAGAAGCAGCUUAUACCUGAAGAGAUCGUAAGCGAGGGAUAUGGAGCGCUCGUAGCUUUGUUCGAUGCUAUGGCCCUUACGCCGGGCGGCUCUGCAGCUUUGGUAGAAAGUGCAACGGUACCCGCGCUGGGUCAUUGUAUGACAGUGAUACUCGAAGGUAUCACGGACGGCCCAUCAGCGCAAGUACAGCUGCAGGCUCUGGCCGCUCUUGAUUCUGCGUGGAGAUCCAUCAAGGAUUCGCAGGCCCUGGCAACAUUCUUGCCGGGAACGAUUUCAGGCCUAACAAAGACUCUUAUGCCUGCAACUACAGCGCGAAGGUCACGAAGAACACUCAUUAACGCCUUGGAAGUCCUUGAGCGCGUUCUUUCAUCUACUCUCAGCGACAUCCAUACAAGCGGCAUCAGGAACACGGUCAAAAUCCCCAAAAGUACUGCUGAAAGUGAAAUCAACCAAAAGGUCUUUACUCCUGCAUGGCUGAAAGCUACCACGGCUCAGAUUAAGUUAGCUUUGUCUAAUGUUGUAAGACUUCGCAAGAAUGAUGGACCCGGCGUCCGCCAGGCGCUGAACAGGUUUUGUUUGAGGAUUCUUGACGAGUGUCACGAAACCCUUUUUGAGUCCACCUCCCUACUUGUGGAAACCUGUAUGGCAUUAGAUGAAGAUGAAAUCAAAGAUGAUUUCUUCGCUGAAAAGACAACUCUAACAGACCUUGCGAUCAUUCAUCCUGAUAUAGGUGAAUUAGUGAAAACAACAUCCUACAAUUGGGUGACCAGUUUACCAAGGUUGAUGCAAAGCAACGAUGAGGCUGCUAAAAGUGAAGCGAUCGAGCGGUUGCAGAGAGCAAGUCGACUGGUGAAGAAUCUCGGCAUCGAUUCUGCUGUUCUUGAGGAUGCCCUUGGCAGCUCACUCAGAGAUAGUAUUACCUUGACCUUGGAGUCUCUCCCGUCUUCCGCCGGUCUCCAAGAAGCCGAAUUCAAUCCCAACAGUCAAGCUGUGACAUCACUGGUCAAGCACGAGAACCAAGAGAUUCAGUUUCGGCCCAUUAUCAUGGCAGAAGAGAGCCAAAAGAAGACGAGGCAAAGUCUUGUGGGCCUAGUCACUAAUCUUGGAUCCCGAGAAGCGCAACUCAAAUUGGGGGGCGAAAUGCUUGAAUAUGUCCAAAACGCUUCAGGUCCAAGUCUAGUAGCGGCUUAUUGGUUAUCGUUCCAGUCGCUACAAGCUGCAGCGAAUGCUAAUAAGGAAAUGGACGAGUUCUUCGAGACCGCACUCACCCUAUCUGAUGAGCAAGAGGCAAUGGAUGAAGAACUUAUGGCAUAUUCACAAUUGAUUCUUGCUAAUGGAUCUGAGGAGCAAUAUGACUGGCUUAUGCAAGCUAUAGCAUUGGAGGUUGUGGCUGACAGAGCGAUGCGUCUGAAGAAGAAAUUCAGACCAGAGCUUAUCGACACUCUAUAUCCGAUCGUCCAACUUCUCGGAUCGCCAAAUGACAGAUUGAGGGAUCACGCAAUAUCAUGCCUGUUUCUCCUCUCAGACUCAUGCGGCUAUGGAAGUGCCAGCGAGCUGAUAGUUGAUAAUGUGGAUUAUAUGGUCAACUCUAUUUCACUACGUCUCAAUACUUUUGAUAUCUCACCUCAAACACCCCAAGUCCUAGUUAUGAUGCUUCACCUUACUGGCCCAUCCUUACUUCUAUACCUUGACGAUGUGGUGGGCUCUAUUUUUGCGGCGUUAGAUAAUUUCCACGGAUAUCAGAAUCUUGUCGACACUCUUUUCACAGUCCUGGAUGAGAUAGUCAAGGUCGGAUCAACAUCAAAUCAACUACAGAUUACCGACACCCCUGAUGAACCCAUCAUGGACAAAUCUCCGCCUACAAUAUCUCAACUGAUCACACUCCUCUCAACCUCAUCCAUCGACGAAGAAUCACUCCCCUACGAACCUACUCCACACCAACCAUGGAAAUCCGCCGCAACCCUGCUCGACGAAGCCGAAGCCCGCACCAACUCCCCCUCUUCCUCAGACAACGAAGAAGAAGGUUUUCCACCAGCACAAGAACUCGAACCCGCCAAACCAACCAAAAUCCACACCCUCCUCAAAAACAUCACCUCCCUCUCUCAACACUAUCUCACCUCCCCCUCCCCACACCUCCGUACCAAACUGCUCUCUCUAAUCGCAACCGCCUCGCCCGGCCUCGCAGGACUACAACGCACUUUCCUGCCGCUCAUCAACGAGAUCUGGCCGGUCGUAGUAAACCUCCUACACGAUGACUCUGCGUACGUGGUUGUGACCGCUAUGUCUACGAUCGCUACACUCGCUGAACAAGCGGGUGAGUUUCUGAGGGGGAGGAUUUCGAUGGAAUGGAUUUCUUUGAUGGGGUACGCGAGACAGUUUAAGAUCCAAGCAAAGAAAGCUGGGGCAGGGGCGGGCAGUCGUGGGGUGUUUAGUGAGGCGAGUAGGAAGUGGGAGGGGAUGAUCCAGUUGCUGUGUAAGGUUGUGGAGUUUGUCGGGGUAGCGGAUGAGGAAUUUGAUGAGGUUGUUGAGGUUUUGGGGAGUGUGGUUUGGGAGAGGGAAAGCGUGAGGGCGGCGUUAAGUGAGGAGAGGGGAAAUAGGGAUGCGGUUUGGUUGGUUUGUUUAAGGAAGGGGGUGGGCGGCGGGGAAAAGAGAUGGGAGACGCCGACGAUGGAUGGGUAUAAGUUUGUUGAUGUUUUGGGAUGA